UCCCAUCUCUCGACUCUUCAUUCAUCAUCUUUUGGAUGAUUAUUAUAAAUCAAAAAAUGGGGUCUGAUGCUGCUCUUACAUUUGCUUACUUUAUUUUCAUUUGCAUUGUGGUGGUCUUCCCUCCACCAUCUUACUCAGCUGGAGACACCUUUACACACUCAAGAGCUACCUAUCAUGGUAGCCCUGAUGGCCUAGGAACUCCAACCGGCGCAUGUGGGUUUGGAGAAUAUGGAAGGACAGUGAAUGAUGGAAAGGUAGCUGGGGUUUCAAGACUUUUCAGGGCUGGACGUGGCUGUGGUGCAUGCUAUCAGGUUAGGUGCAAGGCACCCUACUUAUGCAGUGACGAUGGGGUAGAAGUGGUGGCGACUGACUACGGCGAGGGCGACCACACGGACUUUAUAAUGAGCCCGACUGCCUUCUCAAGGAUGGGAUAUAAUCCGACGGCCUCACAUGAGUUAUUCGCAUAUGGUGUGGUGGACGUAGAAUUCCAGAGAAUCCCAUGCCGAGGAUAUGGUGUUCUGUUCAAGAUCCAUGAGCAAACCAGAUAUCCACACUACUUGGCCAUAGUCAUUCUCUCUGUCGCCGGCAAAAGCGACGUCGUAGAUGUAGAUUUCUGGGAUGAGGAACGCAACGAAUGGAGUGGGAUGAGAAGGCCAUAUGGUGCUGUGUUUGACACCACCCCACCACCAAAGUCUACUUCCAUCAAGCUCAGGUUCCAUGUGAGUGGGAGUGAAGGGCUAACAUGGCUGGAGGCACCCAAUGCAAUCCCAUCUGGUUGGAAGCUUGGUGCUACUUAUCAAUCCAACGUUAACCUCAAUUGAACUAUUAGGACCAUCUAUCUCUUUCUACAUUCCAACUAGGAGUGGAAAAAUAAAAGAGACUUUACACUUAUCUUCCAUGUGAUGUGAAUGUGAGUAUUAUGUAUGAAUAAUAACAUAUGGCAGUCCUUGUCAUUGGGAUGUACAUUAAUACAAUAAUAUGUGUGUGUUUUAAGAACA